AUGCUUUGCAAUUUUCAGACAGCCAGUCGCUGGGAAGAACAUGACCCUCCACUCAAUGGACGCAGAUGGUCACCUUUUUCGAGUGCCACGCUUAUGAAGUCCUUACACCCUCAAUCCUGCGGGCUGAUCGAACCGAACCGUUUUUCAGAGAAGGACGUCCUUCUGUUCGAUCCGACCUUGCCGUCGUCCAUCGACAGCCUGUACGUCGCGAGCGACCAUCUAGGCGUUCGACAAAUUUUGUUUGCCGAUUCCUCGGAACAGGGCACCAUCCAACAAGCAGCAGACGUUUGGUGGAAAGCAGUGAAACUGGAAACCCUUGGUGGCCUUCUCCGGUUCCCCAGCGAUGGAUUGAAGCCGCGCUUGCUUGAAUACGCAUCUGCUGCACUGCCCAAAGUCUCUUGGGGUUUUCCACAGAUUGCAGUCGGGUGUGUUCGGGUUGAAAGCAUAUGCAAUGCAGAACCAAGCUACCGCAUGUCGGCGGUCUCUUGUAACGACCCCCAGACCACGGCCUACUCGCUAUUCUGGAACCGUCAAAUUAAACUCAAUAGCCCAUUCAAAAGCGCAAUUGCGUUACUGUUAGUUACAAACCAGGGCCGCUCGGAGUUACUAGGGUUGCAGCCUAUGCCGAACUGGAGCCACUCCGAGUGGACUCUUCUUGACUUGCGGAGCAAAACCACAAGCCGCAUCUACGCUGAGACGACGAGUUUUGGUGUACGAAGGCUGGGAUUCGAGACAUGCCGUCCCAAAUCUCAAGGCCGAUCGCCUAAAGUUGAGUGGCCAAGCUCACCAUAUCCGAUCUCUCGCCCUCAUGAGUACUUUGCAUGGAACAAAGCCAAGCUCAACAACGUGGUUGAGAUCACCCCGUGUCGACGCCACAGCCGCGGAAGAACUAUCAUCAUCGGGCUCUUGCUCCACUAUGGUGACGGGAAUACAGCCUGCGUCGGUCAAAUCAAAAUCGACUGCUGA